AUGGCGGUUGCCAUGUCGGCUUUCUUGUCGGGAAGCGUGACUGUUUGUUCGACUUUUGCAGGGAGGGACUUGAAUAUGUCGAAUGCUGAGAUUACGUGGAUGAAUGCAGCGACUUCUCUAUCUUCAGGAUCUUUACUGCUCUUCUUCGGCAGUAUCGCCGACCUCUUUGGACGGAAAACAAUGUUCAUUGGCUCAAUGUUCCUUUUCGCAGUGAUCUGCCUCGGCGCGGGUUUUUCGAAGAAUGGUGUCACACUGGACGUCUUGUGCGGCAUCCUAGGCAUCUUUAGCGCAUCCGCUGUGCCCUCUGCUCAGGGCAUGCUGGGCACGAUCUACGAUAAGCCUUCACAGCGUAAGAAUAAGGCGUUUGGAUGCUUCAGCGCGGGGAAUCCACUGGGCUUCGUCUUUGGCAUCAUUUUUUCUGGGCUAGCCACUCAGCUUUUCAGCUGGAGAGCUGCAUUCUGGCUGCUGGCCAUUGUGUAUCUGGUGAUUAGCGUUCUCGCGGCGAUAUUUGUGCCUUCCGACCAUGCGAAGAAGGUCCCGUUGAAUCGGGAGACGCUGAAGCGAUUGGAUCUACCUGGCACGUUCAUGACGAUCCUUGGAAUCGGCAUGUUCUGUGCGGCAUUGACUCUUGGUGGCGAUGCACCGGAUGGGUGGAAGACGUCCUACGUUCUUGUUUUGCUCAUCCUUGGUGCGCUCCUCAUCGUUGCGUUCAUCUUCUGGGAGAUCAGCUAUCCUUACGCGAUGAUUGAUAUGCGCAUCUGGAAGGACAGAGACUUUUCUCUCUUGCUCGCCAUCAUAUCUCUGGGCUUCAUUGGCUUCCCCGUAGCCACUUUCUGGCUUUCUCUCUGGUUCCAGAGAUUCGCGGGGUACAACGCACUCAUGACCGGCGUACACAUGCUGCCCAUGUUCGUCUGCGGUGUGCUCAUAAACGUCAUAGCAGCUCUUAUUCAGCACAAAGUGUCCAACAAGCUCCUGAUGGGUAUCGGCGCGUUCGCCUAUGUCAUCUCUUUCACACUCAUAGCUGUACAGCGGUCGGGGAACUCUUACUGGGCCUUCUCAUUUCCAGGAUUAUGCCUCACCGUUGUCGGCGCCGACUUUCAAUUUGUGGUCACCAACAUGUAUGUCAUGUCAUCAAUGCCUCCGGACAAGCAAUCAAUCGCCGGCUCGCUCCUGCAGACGCUCACUCGUCUGUCCCAAGCCGUUGGCUUUGGUAUCGCAACUGCGAUCUUCGACGCCGUGCAGCAGAACCCGUCUACUUCAGGCUAUUACGCGAACGAUCCUAUUGAACCGUAUGUUUCGACUUUUUGGUUUGCAACGGGCAUGGCUGCUUUGGGAGUUGGCCUGGUGCCUUUCUUGAGGAUUGGGACACAAGGGCAUCAUGGAGAUAAAGGCCGCUUGGUGGAGAGGAACAGUGAGGACGUUUGUGAUGCAGCCCCGCGGGAUGAGAAAUUGAGUGGACGAACCUCGGCGCGGGACAGCAAAGAGGUACCCGUUGAAGUCCCUUGA